AGCAGGGACGAGCUUUCGGGGAACGGGCAGGGGGCGGGCUUUGGCCGAGGUCUCACGGCGACUGCGCGGACGGGAGCCCGGCUGGAACAUGGCGACUUGCGCUGAAAUCCUGCGGAGCGAGUUCCCCGAAAUUGACGGACAGGUUUUCGACUACGUGACGGGCGUCUUGCACAGCGGGAGCGCAGACUUCGAGUCUGUGGAUGACCUAGUGGAAGCUGUGGGGGAACUGCUGCAAGAAGUGUCCGGGGACAGCAAGGAUGACGCGGGCAUCAGGGCCGUGUGCCAGCGCAUGUACAACACUCUGCGCCUGGCUGAGCCACAGAGCCAGGGAAACAGCCAGGUGCUACUAGACGCCCCCAUCCAGUUGUCAAAGAUAACAGAAAACUACGACUCUGGCGCCAAGCUCCCAGGACUGCUAAAGAGGGAACAGUUCUCGACAGUGAACGCAAAGAAGCUAGAGAAGGCUGAGGCUCGACUGAAGGCAAAGCAGGAGAAGCGCUCAGAGAAGGACACACUCAAGACCAGCAACCCUCUAGUCUUGGAAGAGGCAUCAGCCAGCCAGGCAGGCAGCAGAAAGGAGAGUCGGUUGGAAUCAUCUGGCAAGAACAAAUCCUAUGAUGUGCGAAUUGAGAACUUUGAUGUGUCUUUUGGCGAUAGGGUACUGCUGACUGGUGCAGAUGUGAACCUGGCAUGGGGCCGCCGCUAUGGGCUGGUCGGUCGGAAUGGGCUGGGGAAGACGACACUGCUAAAGAUGCUGGCUACCCGGAGCCUGCGGGUCCCAGCCCACAUUUCCCUGCUGCAUGUAGAGCAGGAGGUUGCUGGAGAUGACACCCCUGCCCUGCAGAGUGUGCUGGAGAGUGACACUGUGCGAGAGGACCUCCUGCGGCGGGAACGGGAGCUCAGCGCCCAGAUUGCUGCUGGCAGGGCUGAGGGCUCAGAAGCUGCACAGCUGGCAGAAAUCUAUGCCAAGUUGGAGGAGAUUGAGGCUGACAAGGCACCUGCCAGGGCAUCAGUCAUUCUUGCUGGGCUUGGCUUUACUCCUAAAAUGCAGCAGCAGCCCACCCGGGAGUUCUCAGGUGGCUGGAGGAUGAGACUGGCCCUGGCCCGGGCCCUGUUUGCCAGGCCAGAUCUUCUGCUGUUAGACGAACCCACAAACAUGCUGGAUGUAAGGGCCAUCCUGUGGCUGGAGAAUUACCUGCAGACGUGGCCCUCCACAAUCCUGGUCGUCUCCCACGACCGCAACUUCCUGAAUGCCAUAGCCACAGACAUCAUCCACCUGCAUAGCCAGCGGCUAGAUGGUUACCGGGGAGACUUUGAGACCUUCAUCAAGAGCAAGCAGGAGCGGCUGCUCAACCAGCAGCGUGAAUAUGAGGCCCAGCAGCAGUAUCGCCAGCAUAUCCAGGUUUUCAUUGACCGGUUUCGCUACAAUGCCAACAGAGCCUCUCAAGUGCAGAGUAAACUCAAGAUGCUGGAGAAGCUGCCUGAGCUGAAACCCGUGGACAAAGAGUUGGAGGUCGUGAUGAAGUUCCCUGAUGGCUUUGAGAAGUUCUCACCACCAAUUCUCCAACUAGAUGAGGUGGAUUUCUACUAUGACCCUAAGCACGUCAUCUUCAGCCGUCUCUCAGUCUCCGCUGAUCUUGAGUCCCGCAUCUGUGUGGUUGGGGAGAAUGGGGCUGGGAAGUCUACCAUGCUGAAGCUGCUUAUGGGGGACCUGGCACCUGUUCGAGGCAUCAGACAUGCUCACAGGAAUCUGAAGAUUGGCUAUUUCAGCCAGCACCAUGUGGAGCAGCUGGACCUGAAUGUCAGUGCUGUGGAAUUGCUGGCACGCAAGUUUCCUGGACGGCCUGAGGAGGAGUAUCGUCACCAGCUGGGCCGGUACGGCAUCUCUGGAGAACUGGCUGUGCGCCCUGUUGCCAGCUUGUCUGGGGGCCAGAAGAGCCGGGUAGCCUUUGCUCAGAUGACCAUGCCCUGUCCCAACUUCUACAUUCUGGAUGAACCCACAAACCACCUGGAUAUGGAGACAAUUGAGGCUCUGGGCCGUGCUCUCAACAAUUUCAGGGGUGGUGUGAUUCUGGUUUCCCAUGAUGAGCGCUUCAUCCGUCUGGUGUGCCGGGAGUUGUGGGUAUGCGAAAAAGGCGGCGUCACCCGGGUCGAGGGUGGAUUUGACCAGUACCGUGCGCUUCUCCAGGAACAGUUCCGCCGUGAGGGCUUCCUCUAGGGACACCAGCUGAGGACUCUGCCCAGGACAUGGACUGGUCUCUCAGACCCCUGGGCCACUACGUAGGCAACCAUCUCCAGGCCAUGGACUUCCCCUGACUUUGGGGACAGCCUUAUUUCCAAAUCUCUCCUUUUGACUGGAGCAUCUUCUGCACAACCCAGGGAGCCCCUGUAAGAGUCUGUGAGGACUGGUCUUCCAAGGGGAAGGGGUGGGGGGUGCCCUCUGGGGUUAUAGAUUUCCCCUACUGGCUCAGCUCUGACUGGGCCCUGAGUGGCUGCUAUGUAAAUUAAACCUCCCGCUGCAUCUCCCAUGUCUCAUCUCUGCUACUCCCUGGCAGGGCUACAGUGUUUGCCCACUGUUCAGGAGUGUGGGCUCCUCACUUGGUGUUUUCCUGUGACGCUUGUAUCAGUCACAUGGAGGCAACUAUGGCAGCACCAGCCUUGUCCCUGGAAGGAGACAUCAUUAAAGCUGCUGGGGCUCAGAGGUCACCUGCCUGACCUUG